AUGAUGGGUACAAGAGAAGAGGAUCAACAAGAAAAGACUAGUCAACAACAAAUCAUUGACAUGCAGCUUGGAAGAUGCAAGUACGUUCGAGUUAGUGAUAAUAUAACGUAUAUUGGUGUUGGUGUUCUACUACGUGAAUGUCAUGGAAUUCUCGAAUUACUAAUGGUACAAGAAGCCAAGAAACGAUGCUAUGGCAAGUGCGUUUUUGAUAUUGGUGGUAUAUCCCUUCUGGCCGAAUCGAAAGUGGCGAAACAAUUGAAGUGGGUAAACUUGUUCCCAAUAGACGUUACUUUGUUUCGUUGUUAUUUCGUCAAUGUUAUUAUCAACAUUCAGCAUCCAGCUUCAGUCUGUGCCAUGGAAGGAGUAUGUCGUGAAGUGCUUGAAGAGAGUGGUUACAAAUGUGAAUUAGAAGAAUUACUGUGUAUGCAAGUGCAAGGGUCUGGAUGGUAUCGUUUCGCAUUUUAUUGCAACGUUAUUGGUGGCGAACGCAAAACUGUAGCUGAUGCGGAGUCGUUAUCUUCGAAUUGGUUUCCAGUAGAGGAUGUCAGAGCGAAAAAAAUUGAAACCAGAGGGAUGGAUUUCUUAAAAAUAAUUGAUGAUGCGUUGCGAUAUCGAGCAUGGCGAUCAGAGCAUCUGGAAACGCUUCCUCGACGGCAGUUCAUACCGGUUCCCGUUUCGGUCCGAGGGCUUUUUAUCGAAUUCCUGAUUAUUCGGCAUGCAAAGUAUGAUAGUUGUUAUGCUUAUUUGUUUGCUCACACAUUCAUCGUCUGCUUGUUUUCAUCGAGAAUUUAUGAACGAAUGAAUUCUGCAAAAGGUAAAUUCUUCUCACUUAUUCGUUUUAUGAUCGCUAUUUGCAGAACAAAAACUGAACUUCUCGUGCAUCAUCACAUUGAAGAGUGCGAUCAGAUCUUAACCUCAGCAGAUGCUUUUCCACUGGCCGAAUUCGGAUUUGAAUACUUUUUUGCAAUGGUCGUUUCAAAAUGCUUCCAGCAUAUGUUAAAAGAUGGUCGAAGCGCUAUUGAUAUACCAAAACAAAUCACUCGAAUAGAAUGUACGGCGUACCCGUCAGAUGGCAUAGAACAUGGAUUACGAGUUCGCGUGAUAUGCUUGCAGAAGUGGUCAAUGAAUCCUGCUCAAAUUCGUGAUAUUCACAGAUAUCAUUGGAUAACAGUCAGUGAAAGUGUUAUGCAUCAACUCCAUCUGUCAAACGAUCAGUAUCGUCCAACACUUUAUCUACUUUGA